CCGUUCACCUCGCGCGCCUCCAGCCUGCGGACGCAAAACACCAGCCCAGCUUUUUAAUUGCACUCUCUACACAAUCAUUACCCAAAUUCUUCAUUUUCAGUAUUCAUCUCGAUCAGAGUCAUGGCCGAAGCUGCAGGACUCGUUGUCGGCGUCGUCGCCCUAGCCGGCCUCUUCAACAAUGUCGUCGGCUGUUUUGAAUACAUUCAGCUUGGUAAAAAUUACCGCAGAGACUUUCGGACCAACCAAUUGAAACUCGAAGUUGCAAAACUCCAGCUCAGUCGUUGGGGGAGGUUCGUUGGGCUGUGUCAUGCCCUCGAUGAUGUGCAGUCAUUGAGUUUAACGACUCUGUCAGAAGAGAAUAUUCCUCUGGCAACAAAUCUUCUCCGCCAGAUUCUGGCACUACUCGCCGAUGCUGAACGAGUAAUGGAGAUGUUCCAACCCGAACCUUCCUCGUGGGAAUGCAAAUUAGAGGCCCUAGCUACGUCGUUCUAUCAGAAGAUGCGCAAAAUGUUCUUCAAACGCCAAAGCAAGGAGAGGUUUUUAAAGAGAGCCUCGUGGGCUGUGAAGCAUGAAAAACAGCUUACGAAGGUCAUCGAAGAUAUUCGCCAGCUAGUUGGCGAUCUUGUGGCCCUCUUGUAUCGGGGUGACGCAGGCCUCCAGCGUCAGCAUUGCCAGAGGGAGGUCAAGGAGAUAGGAAAUGGGCCUGUCGUUGCACCGCUCCGAGAUUCGGCUUCCAACCAAGACAAAUUGCUUCCGGAUGUCGUCACCAAAGCCAUGGGAUUACCUGUGGUAAGCUGCAAUGUAGCAUUUUCGGACAACAACAGUGGUUUUCAACUUGGGGUCAACACGGGUACAAUUAGCGGGGCUCGGUUUUAGGGUGGUGGUGGGUUAGGAUGAUUGCAUGUGGUAUGGCACACGGCUUCUGUUUUUAUCAUUAGAGGUUCUUUCGGUGUUAGAAAUUCGAAGAAAAUCGGCUUAAAUGAA